UUAUACAUACCUUUGAUUUGCCCAUUUUCAGAAUUCACAAUGAACAGUUGGCUGUCAACAACUCUCGAAGCAGGGAAUAUACGUUCACUGCCCGGACUGUCAAACGCUGAAUAACGAAACUGCUUUAUCUACAAGCGGUAACAACGGGAAAUUCAAACAAACUAGUCACGAUCAUUAGAAACCAGUAAACAUGACCGAUGCAAAUGAAACAUUAAGCAUCCUUAAUGCUGAGGCGCGCAGGCAGAUGGAAACUAAACGUGACAAUGAAUUGUGCAAGAUCAGGAAAUUACGUUUGAUCCUUGAUAACUUGCAAAAAUUAAGAAUAAAUAAAUUGGAUUUACCCGAUAGUGGUGAACAAGUGGAUUAUGCUAUAAAAGUACUUGAUGUCAAUGACUAUUUGCAUAUGAAUGUUGGAGGAGCAGACGAUUAUCUUCUAGGCUUGAAAACUCUUCGAGAUGCUAUAAAUUUGACUUAUACUGAGCGGAAAGCGAUACGCGAAGAAAUUGUAUCAUUAUUACGUUUAAAUUUACAACCAGUCAUUGAUUUUGGUAAAAAGUUAAAGGCAGAGGUUCCAGAUGUAUUUGUAGAACUUGGUACGCCACCACCAGUCGGACAAUGUGCUUCUAAAAAGCCCUCUGGAUUUAAUCAAAUAAUUUCCUUGGAGUCCCAACAUCGUUCUAAUUUGCAGAAACUUGCAGAGGCUCGUAAUCGCAAAUGUGCUUACCUCAAAGCUGCUGCAGAUUUGAAAAUGGGUCCAUACCUUGCACAUGAAUUAGAGCUCUUAUAUGCCCAAGGGCGACUAACGCAAGAGAAAUCCAAUAUUCUGAGAAAUUACUUUACUAAUGAAUUGCUAGCACGAACUGAGCAUUGCGCGAAAGCGCUCAAAGAAAUUGAAAAUUAUAUAGAUGUGGAGACAGAAAAAAUUGCAGGAAAAGAUUCAAAUUAGAGCACCUUAAAUUUUUUACCCAUGCAAUAAAUGUAAUAUAUUAUAUGUAAAAUAUUAGAAAAUAUAAACAAAAAACGUAAAUAUCCAUAUUUCUGUUCCUCAUACUCUAGAUGUAUUUAACAUCCUUGAGUGGCAACGCUUUAUCCCACCCAUAUCACCGUACGCCUCUUACCCAAAAACCGGCUUUCAGCUGUCAUUGUACCACGAAGAUUCUUGUUUUUUUUUUGUAUUUUUCGACGCCAAUUUUAGUAUCAAGUAAAUAGUUAAUGCUCUAUAGCUGAAAAAAUAUCUGCAUUUUAAAAUGGCCUCUGAUGACAUAAAGGAGAAUUCCGAAGUCAAAGAAUCUAGUGAUGGUAAUAGCGUAGAACCACCGCCUCCACAGGCGACGGAGUCGCCUCCCAUAAUCGAUUUAGAAGUCCCUUCAAAUAUUACAGUAAAUUCUUUAGGAGAAAGCGAAGAAUCUGAUGAAGAUAAAGAUGAAACAGAAAGUGUAAUAAGCACGGCGACGACUACUACAUCGCGUAGUAAAUCGCCCAAUAACAGGAAGAAUUCAAAAACACGAAAAAAGUCAAAAAAGAUAGUAAAACCACUUUACAAAUAUAUUUGCCAUCUGCGUGAGGAUCACGGACAACCCUUAUUCGGUGCACAGUUUAAUCAGCAUCUUAUUAAGGAGCAGGCAAUUUUCGCAUCAGUGGGAAAAGAUCGUAUAUCAAUUUAUGAGUGCCCACGGGAAAACGAGCAAGGUGACAACAAUGCAAUUGGAAUAAAGUUGCUCCAGUGCUAUGCGGAUCCUGACCCCGACGAGAAUUUUUAUACAUGCGCCUGGUCCUACGAUCCUGAGAACGGCGAUCCAAUACUUGCUGCCGCUGGGUAUCGAGGAGUUAUACGCAUAUUUAAUCCAUCGAAACAUGUAUGCACUAAGCAUUACAUUGGUCACGGUCAUGCAAUAAACGAGUUAAAAUUUCAUCCCAAAUUGCCUCAGUUUCUACUAUCGGGCAGUAAGGAUCACUCGCUUCGACUAUGGAACAUUCAAACAGAUGUAUGUGUGGCUAUAUUUGGAGGUGUUGAAGGGCACCGCGAUGAAGUGCUUUCUGUUGAUUUUGAUUUACGCGGCGAUCGGAUUAUGUCUAGUGGUAUGGAUCACUCAUUGAAAUUGUGGCGCCUUGAUAAGCCUUCGAUUAGGGAUGCUAUUGAAAAUAGUUGCACAUUUAAUAUCAGUAAAAACGCAACACCUUUUCCAACAAUUAAAGAACAUUUCCCCGAUUUUUCUACACGAGACAUUCAUCGGAAUUAUGUAGACUGUGUGCAGUGGUUUGGAGACUUUGUUCUAUCCAAGUCAUGCGAGAAUUCAAUUGUAUGUUGGAAGCCUGGCAAACUUGAACAUACUGAUGUUAAAGCUCAGGAUUCUACAACAACAAUUAUACAUCAUUUUGACUAUAAGGAAUGUGAAAUAUGGUUUGUUCGUUUUGCUUUCAAUUUUUGGCAAAAAGUUUUGGCUCUGGGUAAUCAGCAGGGCAAAACUUAUGUUUGGGAGUUAGAUAACUCAGACCCGAAUUUAACGAAAUGUAGCACAUUGGUACAUCCCAAAUGUACAAGUGCAAUCAGGCAGGCAUCGUUCUCCAAAGAUGGAGCCAUUUUGAUAUGUGUUUGUGAUGAUGGCACCAUUUGGCGAUGGGAUCGCUCAAAUUAACUGUUUAUUAUAACCUUAUAACAAUAAAUUUAUCACUAAGUAUAUACUGCAUACAUAUAUAUAUAUAUAUAUAUUAAUACAAAAUCUAUGGAGAGCUUAGUUUUUACAAUUAUGAUUGUCAAUGUAAUUCUAAUUUAUUUUUUAAAAAAAAGUAAAUGUAUAUAAAUUAUAUAUUUCAAAGAUGAUUGGAACUCAUUUUGAAACAACCAUGUCACCGAUAAAAGCAAAUACGCCUCUGCCAUCGAGUGGGUAAACAUUCAAA